GUGGUUUUCUAUUUAUAAAUAAACCCUAAUCCGCAUUCCACUGCUCUCACCAUCGAGUUGAUUGCCGACGAAGCAAUCGCGGAAGGGGAGUUCAUCACCGACGCCGUAGACGGCUUCAUCGCCCUUUCUCUAUUUCGUUGAAGCACUGAAGGAUUGAUCAUCAUGCCUAAGAUCAAGACGAGCAGGGUCAAUUUUCCUGAGGGAUGGGAGCUCAUCGAGCCUACACUUCGAGAGCUGGAGGCAAAGAUGAGAGAAGCUGAAAAUGAUCCACAUGAUGGGAAGAGAAAGUGCGAAGCGCUGUGGCCGAUAUUUCAAAUUUCACAUCAGAAGAGCCGAUACAUAUAUGAUUUAUACUAUCGGAGGAAGGAAAUCUCGAAGGAGCUGUAUGAAUUCUGUUUGGAUCAGGGAUAUGCUGACAAGAACUUGAUUGCAAAGUGGAAAGAGGUCGGGACUUAUAUUUGCAUGUGGAGCUGGUGAUGAGAUUGAUGAUGAUGAUGAUCAGGAAGACUGAUUUGUUUUUUUACCUU